AUGAAUUCUAAAAAACGACCGUUACCGUUGGAAGUAUCAAGCUGGAUGGAAAGAGGUUUAACACUAAGGAAAAUCACGGCCAAUUCACGUUUAUUAACCAAUGAUACGCGACAAAAUAUCGUAUUAAGUCGACAAUUUUUUUCCAAUCUUUUAACUUUAUCAUAUUCACGCUAUCGAAAAAUGGCCGAAUACGACUUUGAUAAAAAGUUGUUUCUUAAAAAUCAACAAAAUAAAUGCGAACAAUCAAUGCCUGGUUUUCGAUCGUCUAUGGAUCAAUUAACAAUGGGCAUGAAUAGAAGUGUAUCAGCACGAUCUCCAUUAAACAGAAAAACUUGUAAUCCGUUAAUGUGUCCGUCAACACAAUCAUUUUUUUCUCGUUCAGACACGAAAACUGAUGCAACACUAAAUCGACUUCGACAACCAUCACCAGUACUAACGAAAACAGCGUCACCCGUGCCAGGUGAACCUGAAGUCACGCCUAUUAUAGUUUCUGCAACGCCAACUAAUCCACGAGCGUCAAGUCGUCUAAGAAUGUCACGUGAAAGACUCGAACGUUUAGCUCAGCCGAAAGGUUAUCGACCAAAAUCAACGAAUACACAUGUUCGUGCAUAUUUAGCUGACGAAACAACAACUGCUGAAGAUAUUUUUGGAAAAAUUGAUCAUGCAUCAGAAAUCGACGCAAUACCAGUGCAGCAGGUCUUGCCCGAAAAACCUAAAAGUGCCAUGGACGAUAAACGUUUUCGUCAUUUAGUUGGCGCUUUUACUGAAAUACAUGCAGUAGAAAAUCCAAAUGUAACAACAGUUAAAAAUAUUGUUCAAGCCAAUUCAUCACUACAAGACGAAGAAGGACAAUGGAAAAUUGGAAUUCGCUCAGCAAUAAGUCGUAAAAAUGAGCUUGCUCGUAAUCGUCGACAGCUUACCGAGAAACUAGGUAGAAAACUAGAUGUGUUCUUAAUCGAUGUUGGAGCAUAA